AAGCCACGCCUUCUUCCAGCAGCGCAAACUAAUAAACCACUGUUUUCUAUCGACCUGACGACAGUGCGCCUCUGCUUUCCUAAAAGUUACCAUCUCCAAGUUCCUGCUUUUGUUUUCGACUGGGAUCAUUCCGACCUGCUGGAAGGUCUCCUUGAACCGCACCUGACUCAUUAAGCAGCAGUGAUGGAGGAGAAGGAGGCGGUGUGCCGGGGAGCGGAGCUGGCAGAUGGUGAGCUGAGCGGAGCGCCGCCGCCGCGAGACUGCACAGCUGCCUGUUGUCAUGGAGGAGCAAAGAUGGCGGUCCUGGCCUAUAGCCUGGGCAAACGCGAAAUAAAUCAACAUUUUACCAUAAAAAAUGCCAAACUGAUAUCGCUGGCUGCUGUUCUUUUACUCCUUAUGUUUCACGCUGCUUCGCGGUAUUACGAAGGAGGGGACUCGUGUGAAUGGCUGCUGUCCAGAGGACGUUACUUGGGGGAGGAUGUAUGGCAGCCUUAUGGCUGCAUGAUGCACAAAUACAAAAGCAUUGAAGCCAAAACCUGCCUCUCUGAAAAGCGGGUAGCCUUUGUUGGCGAUUCGCGAAUCAGGCAGCUGUUUUACUCCUUCAUCAAAAUUAUCAACCCUGAACGAAAAGAAGAGGGGAACAAGCAUGAGGACAUUUCCUUUGAAGACAAGAGCUACUCUAUUAAAGUGGACUUUCUGUGGUACCCAGAGGCAAAUAAUUCAAUGAAGGAACGCUUGAUAUCAUGGACACAUGAAGGUUCAGCAAAGCCAGAUGUUCUCGUCCUCGGAGCUGCCACGUGGUCCAUCAAGUUGCACGGUGGCAGCAAUGAGGCCCUCCAGCAGUACAAAGUCAACUUGACUGCAAUCGUGGGGCAGCUGGAGAAGGUGGCUGAGCAUGGGGAGGUCUACUGGGUGCUGCAAGAUCCAGUAAAUGAAGAGGUGUUAAGUGAGAACAGGAAAAUGAUCACCAACCAGCAGCUGGAGCUGUACAAUGAAGCAGCAGUGGAUGUGCUCAACAGCAGCAAGCGUAAUGGCAGAUCUCGGGUCAGACUGGUGGCUGCUUCCCGUCAGGCUGCGCUGGAAACCAUUAUCAAGUCAGAUGAUGGUUUGCACCUGCCUGAGAGCACCAGGAGUGUGGGAGCCAUGAUCCUCAUGAACUCUGUGUGCAACAAGAUACUGAGGCCCAUCGACGGUUCAUGCUGUCAGACGUUACGAGCCCCUAACUUGCUCCAGAAACUGUCGGCUCUUUUCUUUCUUGGCUCAGCCGUGGUCUUCGUGGUCUUCCACAUCCUUGGCAACAAUCGCCACCGCCGACACGUGCCCCCUGACGUGGAGAGCCUAGAGGAGAAGAAGCCAGCCACUGCAGCUGUUCCCCCCGGCCCAAAAGCACCUUUUCAGGCUCUCUGCAGGAUGGGAGUCAUCAUGGGCUAUUUUUACCUUUGUGACAGAGCAGAUGUGUUCAUGAAAGAGCAGAAGUUUUACACGCACUCCACGUUCUUCAUCCCUCUCAUCUACAUAUUUGUACUGGGAGUGUUUUACAGCGACAACAGCAAGGAGGCAAAAUUACUCAACCGAGAACAAACAGACGAGUGGAAAGGCUGGAUGCAGCUCGUCAUCCUCAUCUAUCACAUAUCUGGAGCGAGCGCUUUCAUCCCAGUGUACAUGCAUGUGCGGGUGUUGGUGGCAGCGUACCUAUUUCAAACUGGCUAUGGACACUUUUCGUUUUUUUGGCUCAAAGGAGACUUUGGACUUUACAGAGUGUGCCAGGUGCUUUUCCGUCUGAACUUCCUGGUGUUGGUGCUGUGCGUGGUAAUGGACCGACCGUACCAGUUCUAUUACUUUGUUCCCUUGGUCACAUUCUGGUUUGUUGUCAUCUACACCACAAUGGCUAUUUGGCCUCAGAUCCUUCAGAAGACAGCUAACAGUAGUGGCGUGUGGCAUUUUGGGGUCUUGGCAAAGUUACUGGGCCUCCUGAUUUUCAUCUGCUUUUUUGCCUUUUCACAGGGCAUUUUUGAGCGCGUCUUCUCUGUGUGGCCCAUCUCUAAGCUCUUCGAGCUGAAUGGAAGCAUCCACGAGUGGUGGUUCAGAUGGAAGCUAGACCGAUUUGCGGUGAUACAUGGCAUGGUAUUUGCCUUCAUCUAUCUGGUGCUGCAGAAGCGUCAGGUGCUGUCAGAGGGAAAAGGAGAGGCUCUCUUCUCUGCCAAGAUUUCCAACUUUCUCCUCUUCCUCUCUGUUGUCUCCUUCAUAACUUACUCAAUAUGGGCAAGCAGCUGCAAAACCAAAACAGAGUGCAACGAGAUGCAUCCCUAUAUCUCUGUGGUCCAGAUUUUGGCCUUCAUUCUCAUCAGGAACAUUCCUGGCUAUGCCCGUUCUAUAUAUAGCUCAUUCUUUGCAUGGUUUGGAAAGAUCUCCUUAGAGCUUUUCAUUUGCCAGUACCACAUAUGGCUUGCAGCUGACACCAAGGGGAUUUUGGUCCUCAUCCCAGGAAACCCUUCCCUCAACAUCUUGGUUAGCACCUUCAUCUUUGUUUGCGUGGCUCAUGAGAUUUCCCUCAUCACUAACGACCUGGCCCAGGUGGUCAUCCCCAAAGACAGCAUGGCUCUGCUGAAGAGACUGGGGGCCAUGGGGACUCUCAGUCUCGUUAUACUGCUGGUGUCCAGGGCUGGCCAGCCCACACCUGGCGCCUGAUAGACACCUCCUGAGGGGAUCCGGGGUAGGGGAGGGAGACCCACUAAGACCCUGCUGAGAUUGAAGUGAGGUACAGAUGGAAGUCAGGAGGCAGCCUUGUGUUUUAGCUACUGGUGAGAUGUAAGACGAUGUCGGCAGCAGUGACCCAUGGGAGAACAAAGUCUGUCCGCUGGCCACAUUUGAGCAGAGUCCGUACUUUUCUGACUGCUGUGAAAGUCAGACACUGAAGAAAAGACAAAUACCCAACAGAGAAGGAGUCACUCCUUUAACAGCAAAGUCCAAAUUGUGGGAAAGGAGUUUAAAAAACACACACACAUAAAAACAAUGAAAUGUUUACAAUAUCUGGUUUCAGGAUUUUGGAAAUGCAGAAUCUAAAAAAACAAAGCACGACGUCCUCAUGUUAAGACUCACACCUGCUGCGUUUGGCAGCGUCGCGUCUGUUUAGCCAAACGCUGAUAAUACGUUUUUGUUACAUGCAGAACUUCCUGUAAAUCGCUUUGGGAGGGAUCACCUGGCACACACUCCGUCCAUGUUGUGCAGUAGCAGUUGAAGGGGGGAUUUCACUCAGGUGGAUCCAUAACCUGCAUAUUCAGAUAUCUACUCUUUUACAACAAAUGUGUUAAAUUGUGCUGCAUUUUUAUCAUCAACAUUACGUUGUACAGUAUUCCUGGUGACUUCAAACUGCAUCAGAUAUCUAAAUAUGAGAUAUAUGGACCAACAACUGGCUCGGAUGAUCAAAGAUUGACUAGAGUCAGAAAACUUGGAGUGCAAUGGUUAAUAUGUUGGAAUAUCCUUCGACGUGUUUUUGCUGUGUUUUAUUUUUUUCUUUUGUUUUUCUUUUUUUUGUGCGUAAUGUUGCUGAAAGGCUGUGGUCCACCUGCUGUAGCGCUGAAAUUCUAUGUGACAUGUACAGUAUUUAAUGAUUUAAAUUAAGUUUAUAUUUUAUACAGGUUUUUGGAGGGAGGGUGGGGCGGGUGGGGGCUGGCUUUGUUUUAUUUUAUACUCUGCGACUGCUGUUUGUGAAGGAAGUGUUCUAUAGACAAUUUUGUACCCAUCCCAGAACCUCAUAGACAAUUACCUGAUGGUGAGGUUGAUCCUUUUAGCCGUCUUGUCUCAUCUGUAGCUUACUUCCUAGUCGGUGUAUAUUUGUACAAUAGUGACAGAUUUAUUUUAUACAGCGUUGCUUCAGCAGUAAUUUUGGUCUGUUAUUGUUUUUUAAUGUCCAUUGAAACAUGCCUCAUACCUCUGGCAGAAAGUGUACCAAGUUUCACAUGCUGUUCUAAGCAAACUGCUGGGUGACAAAUUAAAGGAAAACCUUUGACCUCUGCAGAAAGGGGGUGUGGUGGCUCUGAAAGGCUGCAGGGGGCGCUGUAAAUCAACUUACAAGUUGUUUUGCGUGACUGCCUUUUAAACCAAUGAUAAAAUUUGUCCCUAUGGGAGUGGUUUCUCCCAUAAUCAAUAUGACCCCUCCCCCCCAAUAGGUCACUGAAUGGCCUUUAUAGUCACCUGAGCUCAACCUAACUUACAUAGGUUGAGAUUUUUAUUUUUUUCCUUUCCUACUGAUCUUCGAUUUUGCUCCAAAUACCGCCUUCAAAUUACAAGAUGAUAGAAAUUAUGUUUACCCAAUGCCUCACUAAGACACUUUAUUUAUUUUUUUUAUUUCCAUUAAAUUGUUACCCAUCUGUUUUUCUUGAGCUGCCACAGCCAGUGAACUUUGUAGUCAGUGAAUGAGUGACUGAAGUGAUGUCUUAGUGAUGCCUUUUAAACAGACUGUGUGGUGUUUUGUUUUGGAGGUUUUCCCAGUGGCUUAUACCUACAGUACAUCUUCAGAUGAAGACUUACAUCUGUGAUGCAGCUGUGAUCAUAAACUUCCAUGUUUUAGGCACUUUGUAUGGGGGCCACAACCACAUCAUUUAGAAACCACUAGGUAAUGCACUGACUGAGCUGACAUUACUGGAAGGAAAAAUGUCGUACAUUUCAUCAGGCGGUGUCUGUCCCCUUUUGUCCUGGCAAACAUGUGAGGGGGAGAUGAUUUUUAUUCAAAGAUCUGCUUUUUAUUUAAAGAUCUGCUUCCCCCCCCCCCUUCUAUUUACUUGUUGCGGUAAUAAUCAGCGUUUAACGUUGAGUUUAGCACAGUACCAGUGCACAUACUCAAUGCACUUUUUUUUUUGUAUUUGGCUCAAUCAAAUGUCGUUUGGCAGAUUUAUGACAAUAUAACGUAAAAUGUAAGAUUGCAAAUGAAUUUUUAUUUCA